AUGCGAGAAAAGAUCGAUCAUCAGGUUUUUCUUCCCGGCUGACUAUCUUUUCGGGCAAAUCUAUGCUUAGCAUCUGCUUUGGAAACGCGGAUAAGAAGAAGCUGCAGAUGCGGGGCGAAGUUUUUGCGAAGCCGUCCCAUUUUCGAGAGAAAAUUCGCGCGUCUCGCGGGCAAACGAAAAAAUCUGCUCGGAGGAGAAGUAGAAAUCCGGCGAACUUUCUCCGGGGGAACUUUUACGAAUCGAAAGUUGCCGGCAGCUCUAUCCGAAGAAAAGAGCCCGAAUACUUUCCUCGAAGUUGGAAGCAGGGAUUCCAUCCGAUACCGCCGCGAUUUGUUCCCCCCCUAUUGGCCCUGCACUCGUGUCAACCGUGCGCAAUUUCCUCUUCCAAUCUCCCCUGCCGAUAAAAUGGACAAUUCACUCUUUGAAAGCUUUCGAAAAAUCUUCAAAUAUUAAUCUCUCUUUCACGAAAUGAAUUUUUCAGUCAAGCGAGCUGCUGCGUACGGUAAUAUUCGAACAAUUACACGAAUAUAUUAUAAUAUUUGUAUUGUUUUAAUAAAAAAAUUUUGUCGAACACUGUCCAUCUAUUAAGAAGCUGAAACAUUCACUCUAGCAAUUUGAACGAUUUAAAGUUCCAUCCAAACGAUAAAUCGGUAAAGCCAAGAGCUUAAUUGUUUGCGAGAGUCUAUUACAACUGACCAGAUUGCAUUUACAAAUAUUUCAGUGUCGUCAGACGGCUACGCUUCGCCGUCAAAAUUAUUUAAUUAACGCCAUUAGUUGCAACGGCGCAGACAGCUAUGGUAUGAAUUACAUUUCUCGACAGCAGUGUAACAAACGUGUUAUGUAAUUACAUGAGCACGCUUUAUCACGAAGCGUUCCCAGAUGUUUCACAUCGAAAUAUCAGAAACUUGAAUAUAAUUAAGGAAAUUUGGGUUUCCAACGGAAUUUCUACUAAUUGAAAUGAUUUGAUUGAAGACUGAAAUGAAUUCAUUGAAUUCAUUAAUAUUGUUUUAGGCCUUCUGAUUAAAUUCGUUGCAGAAUGUAAAUUUCUGUAAUUUCAUCUGAAUUCGAAAAGCAUUUCAUUCAAUGAAGUUCGAUUUAAAAUUGAUAUAUUUCAGUUUACUUCACUUCCCGAUACGUUUCUCAUACAAAUCAUACUCUAAUACGUAAUCUAUAUGACAAUUCACACGAGUAUAAAAAAAAUUUUUCACACACUUUGUCAUUUCACUUCAAAUUUUGCUUCCCAGUCUUGAGCUUUUACAAAAUUGUUACCUCGAAAUAAUAAUUUCAAUGGCAAUUUGCGAUAAGAUCGUCUUGACGUAGAAUAUGCAAAUUUCUUAUAUCGUUAUUUAAAAAUCCUCUCUUUGCUCGUAAGCGUAACCUCAGAAAGUCUGUCUUACGUAACGAGACUCUCAACACGUUGGUUUCCUUAAUAUUCCGUAAUUUAUAAAAAUACAUUACGAAACUCCGAAAAAUCAAACUCGAAAGUAAUUGAGAAAUUUACUUGAUCAUCACAUAUACCAGCUGAUCGAUUGUUUCCGUGCUAUAAUAAAAUUCGUUUGUUGAUCAUUGUUUUUGUAAUUUUCAGUUCUAAACUUCUUAAUUAGAAUCGUUUUCUAAUUGUUCGUCGGCGGUUCUAAUUCUAUCUAAGAAACUUUCGUUUGCAGAUUAACAAUUAACAAUUAACAAUUUUGUCAGAAAAUUUAAGCAUAAGAAAAAGCAGCAAUGGGCGAUUCAGAAGAUUUUACAAUACACGAUUACGAUCAUCACGCUCUUGCAAUAAAUUUUUAAAACCCAGAGAAUCCAGAUUUUUUUCCCCCAGUUUUGCAAACAUUUCUGGAUCUAUUCCCUAUGAAAAGUAAUCCUCACAUGUUAGAAAUUCCACUGUAGAUGAACACAAGCGGAAAUAUAAUGCGCUGAUAUCGCGUGGCCAAUAGAGAUAAAGUAAAGAGCGAAACGAUUUUGUUUACAGAGGACUGGAUUCCUGCGAGCGAGUAUCUGGAUGAAACGUGCGCUGCACGUAGGCACGGAAAUUUAUCACAGAAGAGGCAUUAUCAUAGUGAUUAGUGGGCACGUUCAAGGCACCGUGACGAUAGUUACGAGGAACAGGAGUCACGCUGAUAAAUUCGGCGUCACGCACCAAAGAAUGUCGCUGCUACGCAUCGCCGAACUACUGAAGAAUUUUUUUAUGAGGUUACUGUUCGUUCGAAAAAGAUCGAGAGACAAAAUGGAACGACAAUUGUUAUAUUUAUCGACCACGCGUCAAGAACAACACGUGUCAGCAUAUAUCGAACUAAACGAAAAAGUCUGA